ACAAACACGGAAAGACAGCGCGAAUACCGAGCACGCAAGAAAUGGAAGAUGGAUAACCCUGAUUCGGCGGACUUAACGACGACGCAGAAAGAUGAGCGAAAGAAACCACCGAAAACAAGAGCGGAAAUACAGCGCGAAUACCGAGCGCGCAAAAAAUUAGAGAUAUAUAACCCUGAUGCGGCGGACUCUAUGACGAUGCAGGUAGAUGAGCGAAAGAAACUACCGAAAACAAGAGCGGCAAUACAGCGCGAAUACCGAGCGCGCAAAAAAUUAGAGAUAUAUAACCCUGAUGCGGCGGAGCUAAUGCCGACGCAGAAAGAUAAACGAAAGGAACCACCGAAGACAAACACGGAAAGACAGCGCGAAUACCGAGCACGCAAGAUAUUGAAGAUUGAUAACCCUGAUGCGGCGGACUCUACGACGACGCAGAUAGAUGAGCGAAAGAAACCACCGAAAACAAGAGCGGAAAUACAGCGCGAAUACCGAGCGCGCAAAAAAUUAGAGAUAUAUAACCCUGAUGCGGCGGACUCUACGACGAUGCAGGUAGAUGAGCGAAAGAAACUACCGAAAACAAACAUGGAAAGACAGCGCGAAUACCGAGCACGCAAGAAAUUGAAGAUGGAUAACCCUGAUUCGGCGGACUUAACGACGACAAAGAAAGAUGAGCGAAAGAAACUACCGAAAACAAACAUGGAAAGACAGCGCGAAUACCGAGCACGCAAGAAAUUGAAGAUGGAUAACCCUGAUUCGGCGGACUUAACGACGACAAAGAAAGAUGAGCGAAAGGAACCACCGAAGACAAACACGGAAAGACAGCGCGAAUACCGAGCGUGCAAAAAAUUGGAGAUAUAUAACCCUGAUGCGGCGGACCCCACGACGACGCAGCUAGAUAAACGAAAGAAACCACCGAAAACAAGAGCGGAAAUACAGCGCGAAUACCGAGCGCGCAAAAAAAUAGAGAUAUAUAACUCUGAUGCGGCGGAUUCUACGACGAUGCAGGUAGAUGAGCGAAAGAAACUACCGAAAACAAACACGGAAAGACAGCGCGAAUACCGAGCGCGCAAAAAAUUGGAGAUUGAUAACCCUGAUGCGGCAGACCCUACGACGCCGCAGAUAGAUGAGCGAAAGGAACCACCGAAAACAAGAGCGGAAAUACAGCGUGAAUACCGAGCACGCAAGAUAUUGAAGAUUGAUAACCCUGAUGCGGCGGACCCUACGACGACGCAGAUAGAUGAGCGAAAGAAACCACCGAAAACAAGAGCGGAAAUACAGCGCGAAUACCGAGCACGCAAGAUAUUACAACCUGCCAAGAAUGUCGCAGAAGAGAUGGAAAUUCGCGACGUAAACCAUUCGUACGUUUCGCCACCUUGCUCUCCCGCCGACCUACAAUUCGACAAGCGCUUCACGUCACAAAACUCGUUGACACACAACUCUGUCAAAGAGUCAUUGCAAGUUUGGGACGUGAGAUUGCGCUAACUGGUAAAAUGAUCAAGUGGCACCAAAGUCUACUCAGCGCACUCUUCAAGAAUAUAGAUGAAGAGAAGAAAGUUCUACAUAUUUUAGAGAACAAGCAAAAGAAUAUGAACACCCUACAGCGUCCAACCAGAUCCGACGUCUAGCUGUCUUUGUUGGAGAAACUUGCGUUGAUACAAAAGUAAAAGUUGAAAUUGAAGGAAACGGUGGUCUUUUGGAUUCGCAAACAAUAAACUACAAAAAUACUUUUAG